AAUUCGACUAGUUCAUGCUCGAACAGAAACCCCCGGUGACGCCCAUACUUUUGCUUUAAGUUACCCAGCAUUUCGACGGUCUUUCACGCGGACAAUCAUCGACGAAAUUGUCGACCUGCGCAUAUCUUGUAAUCACCCUUAUCUUUUUCUCGAGCGGGCUUGUCCGUGAAGGCUAUCACGAUAUAUGAAGAUGAGUCUCCUUCAGGUCGUGUAGAUAUCCGGAUACCUAGACACCUGCCUCAGUGCUGUUGAGCUGUGGCCAUGGAUAGCGAAAAGAGCGCAGAGUUCCCAGGGGCGCUUGCCCCUGAUACAGCACCAGCCUCAACAAGCGUACCACACCGGAGUCGCUCCGUAGUAGCGCAAGAUGUCACGGAUGCCGACCUCAUCAAUGUCUCUGGUCACAAGCAGGAACUUGACCGUCUAUUCGACAGAUUCAGCGUCAUCUCGACCGCCAUAACAACUGGCAAUGUCUGGAUUGCGCUGGCCGGAACCAUCACCGUGGCAAUCUAUAAUGGCGGACCUACCGGUAUACUCUACGAGUUCAUCGUCGUUUCUUUCUUGUACUGGUUCAUCGCGGCCUCCAUUGCUGAGCUUGCCUCUGCCAUACCUUCAUCUGGAGGAGUGUAUCACUGGGCGACCAUCACAGCAGGUCGCCAUGGACGUAUUUGCGGAUACCUGGCCGGAUGGUGGAACUUCUUCGCUUGGAUCUUCGCGACCGCUGUCACGCUGGAGAUUGUUGGGGCGAUUAUCAUCACCAUGGCACAACUGAACGCGCCCUCGUACGACUAUCAGCGCUGGCAGGUCUUUCUGGUGUUCAUCGUUUGCGCAUGGCUUUUUGCUGCCAUCGUGCUCUUCUUCAACAACGCUAUCCCACGGAUCGAACAGGUUGGAGGAUUCUUCAUCCUGGCUGGUUUCCUGAUCACGGUGAUUGUGUCUGCUGUCAUGCGGCACUCUCAAGGACGUCCUUAUGCUACAUCUCAUCAGGUGUGGAACGAUUUCACCAACCUGACGGGAUACUCAAGUUCCGGAUUUGCUUUCAUCUUGGGCAUGCUCAACGGGGCUUUCGCCGUUGGCGUGCCGGACCUGACGAGCCACCUUGCCGAAGAGAUGGAGAACCCAGGGAAGAACAUUCCAAUUGCGAUACUUUCCCAAUAUGUCGUCGGAUUUCUGACGGCACUCUUCUAUCUCGUCGCCAUGUUCUACGCCUUGACCGACCUUGACAGUCUGUUCGAUACUCCCUAUGUCUUUCCCUUGGGCGAGAUAUAUCGACAAGUCACUGGAAAUGCAGCAGGGGCGACCGGGCUACUGUUCCUUGUUCUGGCACCCAGUGUCAUUGCUUGUCUUGGUUGUUAUCUGACUGCGUCUAGAAUCUUUUGGACACUGGCGCGCGACAAAGCCACACCUUUCGCUGGAGUGUUCUCGAAGAUCUCACCUCGCCUGAGAGUUCCUGCGGCUUCAAUCGUCCUGUGUGCGGUCAUCUGUACGAUUCUUAGCUGCAUCUACGUGGGCAACCUGACUGCUUUCAACGCUUUCACCAGCUCAUUUGUUGUUUUGUCGAUGGCAUCAUAUCUUGCCGCGAUCCUCCCUCACCUUCUUUCCAGACGAAAGAAGGUCGUGCCAGGAUAUUUCUGGAUGAAAGGCCCCAUUGGUUUCGUGGUAAACACAGUAGCGUGCGUGUUUAUGCUUGCCUUCAUCGUUAUCUUCUGCUUUCCGUUCGCGUUGCCGGUGGAUGCGGAGACCAUGAACUACACGUGUCUCAUCUUUGGUGGUCUCACUUUCAUUAUGUUGUCGAUUUAUAUGUUCCUGCGCAAAGGCUAUACUGGACCUCAAGUGAUCAUGCUAGGACCGAAGGUUGAGAUGACUGCACAAGAGUAUCGGAAUUCGAUCGUGGCGGACAUGCAUUGAGAAUGUUCGAGCAUCGCUUAGUCAAGACAAUGUACACUAUUCUGCCUCACCGCACACAGAGUAUCCUACCGCCUAGUUCGUUCGAUCAAAAAGUGAAAUACAUCCCUCGUGAGUUGAACCUCACUUCGCAAACACUGUCUGCACCUAGGCCACUCACCCGAAAAAAAAACAAAAACUCAAACCCGAAGGGCUGAGGAAACCCCUUAUGGGAUUUAUUACAAUUUGAACUCUUCUCUCCGACUUCACUGCUGGGCUCAGCUCUACCAAUGGUAGAUGAACAGUGAGAGG